ACAUAAUUUUAAUUAAUUUAUUUCCAUGGCCGAAAUUACACUCAAAGUGUCCGAAAUUAGAAGCUGGCCGAAAUUUUGCACACUUCCCCUAAUGCCAUUUGGAUGAGCAACUUGUGAAAAAGAUUUUUUCAGGAUGUUUGUAUCAAUUUUGCCGCAAUUAAUAGAAUGUCAUAAAAAGGUCGGCUAAAGCCUUUUUCUUUAGGUUUAAGUGACAUAUUUAGCAUCAGUGGGCUUUAGUGUAUUAUGUGAAACAAUAUUUGGUAUUUCCAGUUUAAAAUGUCGUCUUGGAAAAUUGUUGGAAAUUAAUACCCCAAAAAUGGCUAUAUCUACCCAAGCGGGGCACGUGUAGCCAAUGUGUCAUAGUUUUUUCAUUAUCCUCUGUAGGACAAGUCAAGGAUCUUAAAGUUUUGAACUACACGGUUUUAUACAGCCAAUAUCAUAAUGCUACUUAUGAAACAUAAAAACAUUAGACAAACCUUACCAUUUUUCACAAAUUAUGCGUGAUGAAAAAGUUUCAUUUGCUGGCUAAAUCUACUCCAGUCUCCCCUAGGGUUAGUAAACUGACGUGAAGCAUAUGCUCCAUGUGGGUCAAAUGUCCUUUUUCAAUGCAAGCGUAAUUUCAGCACUAUUAAACUUUAAUAAUUGUUUCAAAGCCUCUAAAUCAAGCAACAAAUUGAAAUUUGCUUCGCUUAUAAUAAAUAAAUUAUCUAAUUUAAUUCUCUCUUAUUGCGACACGAAUGAACCACACUUUAUAGAACAAUUUAAAUUUGAAUUAACUUUUCUGCAAGUUCUCUUACCAAAUGUGUCGUGUGUUUUGGAGAGGCUCUAUGCUCCUCUAAGUUAUUUUAAUUGAUAAAAAUGACGAGUAUGAAUACUAAAAGCGUGACCAAUUCGGAAAAAAAGAGUGAAUUAAAACAAGUCUUCGUACAUUUACGAAAUUGCACAUUGACUUUUUUUUUUCAAAGUUGUAUCUGUGUGACUUGGUCUUUUUGAUGAAAAAUGAACUCGUUGCGUGUUUUUGCUGGGAAAAGCGCCGGCUAUGGUUAGGCGGCGGCCGGCGGGUAGUUUGAAUGUAUUUUUCGAAGGCAAAGUGGAAUGGAAUCGCAAGUCGUUGUCAUUCAGUGUAAAACCUUCGUGGAGUCAUGAGGUGUAUUUCUGACUCUGUUCCAGAGAAGAGUUUUUAGUGCAUUCACUUGGGUCGUUUUCUGGUGGUUUGUAAUAAGAUUUUGUGGUUUAGAGUGAAGAUGAGUCAGUGAUUUUUAGAUAUUUGAAAAUUUUGGAAAAAAAAAUUGGAGAAACUGAAAGAAAUAGUGAAGUGAAGGCAAAAAAGAAAAGCAAAUCUCUCCCGCAAUCGCUUAUUAUAUCACCCAGAGUGAUUUCGUGUUUCGUGUAAUAUAUAUAGUAUAUAGUAUUUUUCUGUGCUUCUUUUUAUUAAGACCUUAAAAGACCAACUCACGCAAUUGAGUGCUGAAAGAGUUUCUCAAAUGGAACCUGUCUUGCCUGGAGAGUUUGUUGGAUUUAGGAUGUGGCUUGGCUAAAAGUUUUUCUUUCUUUUGCAAAAAAUUGCAGUUUAUUUUUCCAAUUAUUCAAGCAAUUAACAAUUGAUUGCAUUGAGUGAAUUUCUUGUGCAAAAAAAAACUCAAAAGAAAUAAUAUAUAGACAUUUGAAAGAUCUCUGAUAUAUAAAGAGAGUGAUGAUUGAAAAGAGAAACAGUGGAUGAAAUUGUGAAAAUUCCUAAGGAAUUUCACUCUGUGGAAAUUUUUAUUAAUGUACUUUAUAUAUAAAACUCUUUCCUCUCUUUCAAAGUAUUGCACCGAAAGAUAAUUUGAGAGUGAUUUCAAAUUAUAGACAUUUUUGUGUGGUAUCCCCAUGAAGAAGAAAAUAUAUUAAUUGCAGUGAGAGAGUGGAGAAAUUUUUUUCACAGCACUAUUUUCGGUUAGUGUGUCACAUGAUUGAAAUUUAAAGUAGAAGUUUAACAAAAAAAAAAGAGAUGAGAAGAAACAUUUCACCUGAAGACCUAAGCUUGGGAUAAGACAGCUUCAACAUUUCUCAUUAGUGCGUUUUGUGCGUUUAUAAAAAUUGUGUUUCGUAAUUUGGGAGAGUUGAAUUAUAUUUGUCUAUGUGAAAGAACAAAAAAGAAAAAAUAAAUUGAGAAAUAUAGCUGACAGAGAUAGAUGACAAGUGCGGUCUUUGGAUUAUUCAACAAGUCUCUCCCCUAAAUAGAAGAACAACAAAUCAAAAUUAAUAAAAACGCCUGAGUGUUGGACAGUUACGUAAAGAAAAAUAAACUCUUAAAAAAAAACAGUGAGAGAAAAAGUGGAUAGGCGGGUCGAAGGACCAACAAUGAAUCCUACGAGGUCCUGCUAAAUCGGACUUGAAGUUUUUUUUUUCGGGGCAAAAGACAAAGUGGCAUUUCAAACUGAAGGUGUUGAGCGCCGUUGGGUGCGACAGGCCGUAAUGGGUGUUCUACGAUGGCGCGAUUUGCCUGGAUCCCGGAAUUCCGUGGGUUCCCGGACAUCAAUUGAGACUUCUCGGGAGGAGCGAGUACCCAACCUUCAUACCCCAAUUGAUACCCAGAGCCUCCCGAAUAGUCAACAAUCGAGCGGAUAUCGCACCCUCCGGCACUCCUUGAGCACGUCAUCGAGCUCCACGCCGGCCUCGCCACAGCUCCCGCCUCACCAUCCGCCACAUUCUUAUCAGUCCCAGAGUUCUGUGUCCUCGCAGGCGUCCUCGGUGGCGCCGCCGCCAUCGCAGCGACUCCUCGAGGACACACUGGCCAAGGCGGCGCCCUACCCCAUGAUUGUCCUUCCCACCACCGGCGGCUACUGGCUCGAUGGCACUGACCACGAGUGCGCCUUUGACACUCACGGAAAUCCCGUGCUGGCUCAGAAUGCCUGGAGGGCAAAAUUUGAGACGGAUGACACAGCCAAGUGCUACAGGCGCUUCUUCAUUGGGCGCGAGCACUCGAAUCUCGUGGGACAUGAUGAGAAUCUGGGACCUGUGCUGAUGAGCAUCAAGGCUGAAAAUGUGGCAAAUCAGGAACACGUGAGGAUUCUCUUGCGACUUCAAUCCGGCACCAUGCACGAGAUCAUCCCGACAUCCUGCCUCAUGCCAAACCCAUCGCCCAUUCGCAUGGCCAAACUCCUCAAUGAACAGAUCAAUGUGGACAAUCUCACUCCCAUUCUCUGCCCCAAAGCCUCCACCUCAAUUGCCAGCUACGAUGAGCACGUGCUCGUCAGCAACUUCAAGUUUGGCGUGCUGUAUCAGAGGUUCGGGCAGACGACGGAGGAGGAACUUUUCGGGAAUAACACAUCAUCACCGGCUUUUGAGGAAUUCCUGGACACCCUUGGUCAGAGAAUCAAGUUAAGAGAACAUAAAGGCUACCGCGGUGGAUUGGACAUCCAGAAUGGACACACGGGUGACACUGCAGUUUAUGAGGUGUUCAAAGACCGUGAGAUAAUGUUUCACGUGUCCACCCUGCUGCCCUUCACGGAGGGCGAUCCGCAGCAGCUGCAGCGAAAGCGACACAUUGGCAACGAUAUCGUGGCUAUCGUGUUCCAAGAAUCCAAUACACCCUUCUCCCCUGACAUGAUUGCCAGCCACUUCCUACACGCUUUCAUUGUGAUUCAACCACUGGAACCCAAUACACCCAACACGCGCUACAAGGUCUCCGUCACGGCCAGAGACGAUGUACCCUUCUUUGGGCCCACCCUACCCAAUCCGGCGGUGUUCCGGAAGGGACCGGAAUUCACGGAAUUCCUCCUCACGAAGCUCAUCAAUGCCGAGAAUGCCUGCUACAAGGCGGACAAAUUUGCCAAAUUGGAACUUCGGACACGAACUUCGCUGCUGCAGAAUCUCGUGCUGGAACUGAGGGAGAAGACCAGGGAUUUCCUGGGGAUGGACAUCUCACCAUCCUGCGGGAAUAUGUCUCCGUCUCCGGACACCUCAAAGUCCGACAGUGGCAAUGCAGGGAGUCGCUUCAUAGACACAGUUAAGAAGGCUCUCAACUCCCGACUGAGAUCUCAGAGUGUGGACACGAGCACCGGGGACAAGGGUCAGACCCCAGCAGGGAACUUCGGGACGGGAAAGAAGACCAAAGAAAGUGAUAAUUCAACGGGAAGUAUGACAAGGACACUUUCCAAAUCCAACACGGGAUCCAUAAAGAAGUCUCCGGAUGGGUCAAUUGCCAGUUCUCCUGACAUCACAUCCCGCGGUCCAAUCAACAACAAUAACCACAUCAACAGCAACAACAACGGCGGAACUGUGAAUGGGAAUGGGAAUGGACCAGCCAUGUCUGAGACGAGUGACGAUUCGAGUUUGAACAGUGUCGACCUGGAUCCAAUGGCUUUCCAAAAUAUGGACGGAGGAGCUACUUAUAUUGACAGCGACACUGGCCUGGAGUCCAUGUCCUCAGCUGAAGCCACCACAAAGGCUUGUUCGCUGUGCUUGGACGGAGUAUCGCCCGGAAAUUUGCUGGCUGGUCCGGCUGAGGCGAUGCAACAAGUGGAGAACCUCCGGCAGGAAGUGACUCGCUUAAAGUGUGACAAGCUAGAUUUGCUGCGUCAGAAUGUGAAUUGUCAGCGAGAUAUUAAGAGGCUACGUGAGCGUGAAUUGUCCCUUCAGGGUGAUUUAGCGGCAGCUGGGAAGGAAAUUCUGCGGCUAAGGGAUCUUCUGAAGGAAUAUAUGCCAAAUUCUGUGGCAGAUCCACAUUCCAUCACGCCCAUUUAAAUGAUUUUCUUUUGGAUAUUGAGAAUCUCUCAAAAAUAAGAGGAUUUAAAAGAGGGAGAAAUAGAGAAAACAGUGCUUAAAUUUAUUAAAAAGGGCAUAAAUGUCAAUUAACUGACUUUUUUUUUUAGAUAAAAUUGAGAAAAUUGAAAUGUUUCCUGUUGACAUAAAAAAAAUUUAUAUGAGCAUUUAGAGAGGGAAAAUUAGGGAGCAUUUUCUUGUGCAAUAAGAUUUUAUAAGGAAGAAACCCUCUUAAAAAUGUCAUUUUGGUGUAACUGCCUACUCUUAUUUUAAGAGGAGUGGUUUUUAAAAAAAGAGAAAUUAUGAAACUUUUGACCAUUUUUAUCGUCAAUUCUAACAAAUUGGAGCUUAAAACAUACACAAAAGGAUGCCUCAAGGAUCAUCCUUUCUUCUUAAAAUGAUAAUUCAUAGAAAUAUCUAUUUUGAAACAAGAAAUCUAUAUUACUUAAUUUUAAGAGAAAUUAGAAGAAUCCAAAUAUUAAUUGUUAACUGAUAUUUUACAAUGAAAAUUGGGAUGUCUGCUACAAGAAAAAGGAGCAUAAAAAUGAAUGAAUGCAUCAAUGGUGAAAUAUAUAUAUUUUCUAUAUAUUUAGAUUUAUUAAUAAAGGAAAAAUCCUAGAAGUAACUGUGAGAAAAUUUAUGAAUUUUCAUGGAAAUCGUAGAAAAUUUCUAUACAGAAUUUACCCAAACUAAUUUAAAGUAAUUUAAAAAAAUAACAGCAACACAUUUUUUUUUUUGAAAUACACCAACCACUACUUUUACGAAUUAAACAAAGCCUAUUUAAAAAAAGAAGAAUACUUUAAGAAGAAAACUAAAAAUAUAAACGUCACGAACGAAAAAGUGAAAUGACAACAAAAUAUAUUUGAAAUUUAUUAAAUAAGAUGCACAUUUUUAGUAAUAUAUUGUUAUACUUCAUUGAAUGAAAUAAAAAAAACACUCUUUUGUGUGUAAAAAAAAUAGCAUAAUAAAAAUUCUAAGAGGAAAGAAAUCAAAUGAUAAAACCAAAGUUUAACAAGAGAAAAAAAAUAUAGAAAAAAAGAGUACAAGAUUUAUCAAUGUUUAAUGGUGUUUGGUGGCUUUUCUCUCUAUUCUAAACCAGAAAGAAAAAAAAAGUAAUCCAAAAGAAGGGAAUAUUUUGCAGAUGGAGAUCAUUUGUGAGAGACACUUUUUACCAGAAAAACUUGAUGAUUGCAAAUCAGGAAGAUGAUGAGGGAGAGGAAGAGAGAAAGUAAAUAACUAUUAGAGAUCUUGUAUUAAUUGUUCCCAAAAAAUCUAAUAAAAAUUAUCAUGAAAUGUGAA